UCGAAAUCGAAAGUACGUUGAUGCCUGGACAAAAAAACAGUUUAAAGUAAAUCGAUGAUUAAAAACAACUUUAUUGAGUUAACAGAUAAUAAUUGCUUUUUGAAAAAACUGGAUAUUCUUAUUGUAGUUUGAUUUUAAAAUCGGCAAUAUAAAAUGUCUAAACGACUGGUUGUGGCAGCGAUAGACUUCGGUACUACUUAUUCAGGUUACGCCUACUCUUUCCUUGACGAAUUCAAACGAGACCCCUUAAAGAUCUAUGCCAACAAUGAUUGGAACGAUGGAAGCGGAAUGAUUUCUCCCAAGGCGCCGACCGUGGUAUUGUUUGACCAAAGGGGCACAUUCCAUUCUUUUGGUUAUGACGCGGAAACCAAGUACAACGAACUUGCAGGCACAGACGAUCAUGAUGGAUGGAAAUACUUCCGACGGUUUAAGAUGGAACUUUAUAAAAAGACAAUAAGAAAAAACACAAAAAUAAAUGAUGCUCAGGAUAACGCAAAGGCGGCCAUUGACGUUUUUGCCUCGGCAAUUGGUUUUCUCAAGGACCAUCUGUUGGACCGUUUGCAUAAAAGGGACUUUGGGUUCAGAGACACGGACAUUGACUGGGUUCUCACUGUACCGGCAAUCUGGGACGAUGCAGCGAAACAGUUUAUGACCAUGGCUGCAGGAAAGGCCGGAAUUCCGGAGGAUCAGCUUUUCUUAGCAUACGAGCCAGAAGCUGCGGCUAUAUACUGUAAAGAAUCCUUCACGACAAUUGCUCGAGAGCAAAAGAAGUCCGCUGAACUGAUUCCAUUUAAAACAGGGGACCAAUUUAUGGUUAUUGACUGUGGAGGUGGAACGGUGGAUAUUACUGCACACGAAGUACUGAAAGACGGGACACUAAAAUCACUCUCUUCACCGUCGGGUGGACCGUGGGGAGGAACAGUUGUUGAUAAGCAUUUCCAAAUUUUCAUUGAAAAUAUUGUUGAAAAAGACAUUUACAAACAAUUCUCGAAGGAGUGUGCAACUGACAAGCUGGAUCUGGAUAGGAUGAUAGAAUUAAAAAAGCGAUCUAUGAAGCCGGCGAAUGAAAAGGUAAAUCUUAAGUUCCCGAAUGAACUAUUUACCUUUUAUGAAGAAAAGAAAAAGAAAAAAGUAGAAGACACGUUGCCAAUUGGGCCGUAUAAAGGCAAAGUUACCAAGAAACGCGAUAGAAUCAUUGUUGAAAGUAGCAUCAUGUUGGAUAUGUUCAAUGAAUCUAAAAACCAAACAUUAGCACAUGUUGAAGGGCUUCUUAGAAAAUGGGAACUGAGAGGCGUGAAAAAACUUUUGCUCGUUGGUGGCUUUGCCGAGUCACAUGUUCUCCAAGAAGCCUUUCGUAGCAAAUUCGGUUCAGCGUACGAAGUGAUGGUACCCCAACAACCUGACUUAGCGAUUGUCAAGGGUGCUGUGAUAUACGGACAUCAACCACAUUCGAUCUGUUCUAGAAAGUCACCGUAUACUUACGGAAUCAGCACGUCGAUAAGAUUUGAUCCUAUGAAGCAUGCACCGAUGCAUAAAUCUAUCGGCGGGCGUGGGGAGGAAAAGUGUGAGGAUAUAUUUAAACCAUUUGUUAAACGAGGGGAAAGUCUGGAGCAAGGACACAAAACCCCCGAGCAGUCGUUCACAGCGCCGAAUCCGGGUGAUCAUCAGGUAACCGUGGAAAUAUACCGAUCUGAUAAAGAUAUUCCUCCGAUAUAUGUCACGGAAUGCACGAAAGUGGGUGACCUUGUACUGAAGUUGACCAAUGUUGAUCCAAACGAAAAAGCUUUAAUCGUUGUUCAGAUGUCCUUUGGCGGAACUGAAGUUUCGGUGGAAGCAAAAGAAAGCGGAAGACGCGGACAAAAGGUUUCCGCUCGGUUUGAUUGGUUGAAAUAACUGUACAAUCAUACUAGUUCACGUAUAUUAAAGGAACCGUCAACCAAAUUGACAAAAAAAAGACAAGUUUUAAAAUACCGUAUUUUUUUACAAUUAUUAGUUUAUACUGAUUAAAAUAUCACAACCGGUAUAUUGAAAAAAAUGUUCAUAUUUUCAGUAUAUUCGGUUAUAAAAUUUCGCGAUGUGAAAUCGAAAGUACAUCGCGAAAGUAGGUGACAUAACGAUAUACACACUAUAAAUAACGCAAGUAGAUUGAUCAUUUUAUAUAUUAAAUAUAUACAAUUCACUACGCAUGCACUAUUUGCAUUCCUGGGUUUACCACGUGACGACGAUGAUCAAUCUGCUUGCGUUAUUUACAAUUGAUUGGUAGUUACCUGGUACACAUACCCAGUAAAAUUUUAUUACCGAAUACAUGUAUACUGAAAAUAUAUAAACUUAACAACUUUUACAAGUAAUGUAAUAUACAAGUCGUGAUAUUUUAAUCAAUAUAAACUAAUAAUUGUAAAAAAAUACGGUAUUUUAGAACUUUUCUUUUUUUUGUCAAUCUGGUUGACGGUCCCUUUAAUACAUUUAUGUUAAGUGAUUUAGCUUACCUGAGCUCGAAGUGCUCAAUGUUAGCUCAUGUGAUAAUCCGGCGACCGUCGUCGAGCGGUACAAAUCUUGGUUAAUCUUAAUUAGAAUGUUUAUUUUGUCAAAAUGUACGUCGAAACCCUAAGUCACCAGGUCAAUCUUAGAAAAACAUUGUUUCCGCUAUAGAGGCUACAUUUAUGUCUCAAUCUUGAUGAAACUAGGUCGUAAUAAUUAUUUUGAAAAUAUACAGGCUGAAUUCGAAUAUGGGUCACGUACGUCCGAAAACAAUGUCACCAGCUCAAAACUCAGAAGAACCUUAUUACCACUGUAAAGGCCACAUAUAUGGCUCAAUCUUCAUAAAACACGGUCAAAAUGGUUAUUUGAAAAUUAGCCAAGCCGAGUUAGAAUCAGUGUAAUGUGCGUAUAAAAUAGGCCACAAAGUGAAAUCCUAGAAAAACGUAGUGCCCUAUGUAUAGACCCCAUUUAUUACUCAAUCUUGAUGAAACUUGGCCGAUAUGUAUACAUUGACAUUUUCUAUGUUGAGUUUGAAUUAUUGUCACGUGCGUCCAAACGAUGGGUAACCAUGAUAAAUGUUAGAAAAACAUUGUUGCCACUCAAGAUUAAUUAUGACUCAACCAAGAUGAAACGCGGUCAUAAUGUUUAUCUAUACAAUAUCUAAGCGGAUUUGGAAAAGGUCUUAAAUAUCUAGGUCACCAGGACAUUUAUCAAAACGCCAGUAACGAAUAUUGUCUUCGAUUUGUCUAUCGUUGGUUCAAUUGUCGAAUAAAUAUUUAUUUACAAACUACAUUAUGCGUGUUUGCAGGUUGUAUUGCUUGAGAGGCUGACCCGGGUUAGGGUAGGGGUGUCACACUGAGACUUCCGAAAUGUGACCCAUUUUUAUACCGGAACUCUGAUAAAGUAGACCCAUUUUGAUACAAGAUUUUUGAAAAAGCAGACCGAUUUGUAUACGAUACCAUUGAGAAAGUAGACUCAUUUCAAUACAAAAAAUAUGAACGUUUUGGUUUUUCAAAAAAGCAUAGCUUUAUUUACAAAAUCUAGAAUUCGAUUUAGCAUUUUUAAACUUUUUGGUACGGAUUCUUUCAAAUCUAUAUGCAUUUAUAUACAAGCAAAUUUCUGAUUUAAAUACCCAUAUCUAUACUAAGAUGCUCAAAACCAUACCCAUAUCUAUAACUUUAGUCGACCACCCCCCCAUAUUUUUGGCACACCCCUAUAUACCCGUAUAUAGGAAGUUACCCCCCUUCCCUCCCCCCGGGGAGGCUGAUCAAUUUGGAAAUUGUGUGCCAACUACAUAUGCUUCUCAUCGUUUUUGGUGUGUACCUUAUCGAACUUAUCGACGUUAUCUUUUAACUUAUGUCAUUUUUGGACAAAACAUAUUUUCUGUUUUCAUUUAUAUUUUAAUUGAAAAUUUGUAAAAAUUCGCAUCGAUGUAUUUUGUGUUGUUAAGAAUGCAUUAACUUGAGUUAUUACUGUUUUUCGAUACACGUAGGUCAAAUUAUAGCUUUAAAUGCACGCGGUAUGUUACGUCCUAUUGUUUACUUCAUACUAUCAAUGUACAUAUUUGUUUUCACUGUUCGUUGUUCUUGAGUUAUUGCCACAAAUAGAACCGUUUUCUCUAUGUGCCAUUGAUUUAACUUACUAGAAAUAGAAUUAAAGUAUUUUUUGUAAACCGUAUUCUCUCUGACACGCUAAAAAUAUAAUAUCAUGUCAAGUCUGAAAUGGAACUGCUAAUCUUUCAAUAUCCUCCAGUAAUGGUUGUCUUUGUCGAAAUUAUAAAUAAAUGUGAUAAUGCUUUCAUGUAUACUUAAAUUUUUUUUAGGAAACUUUUGUACGUUUUACUUAUCACUUUGUAUACAGUUAUAUAAAAUUAUUGAUUUAGAUAAAUGUUCAGUUGUGAUAAUAAUUUCUCUGUGAUAUAUUAUUUUACCAUUUCAUGUAUUUUUAUACUUACCAGUAAUUAUUUGUAGUACAUUGUUUUCUUGUAUAAAUAAUAUUGCGAUAACAUCUGAUGGUUUAAGUCGGGAGUCUAUUGAUAAUAUGAUAUUAUCAUUUACAAACGUUUCUCGCGACAUAUCCGAUCCAUUAUUUCCCUACUGGGUGUUUUUGCAUAAAUGAAUGUUUCUUUAACAAUAAGACCUGAUUCGAUCAAGAUUUCAUGAUUCCCAUUCAUUGUAAAUGGAUGUUCAAAGAUUGUUUAAUGCUGUUAUAACGAAUGUGAACAGAUUACUAGAAUGUGAAAUUGAAAGAAAUAAGAGAUUCAGAAGAAUUUGAAGAAAACAAAAAUGAAGUGAUUAUGAUAUAAAAUGAACAGCAAUAUGAACUUGCGGAAAUGUACUCGGGAGAGAAUUUUGGAAGAAAAGUAAGUCAAAGUCAAGUAAAGCUCAUAUUAUCUCAUGGACUUUAUUCGAUAAAUAUUUUUUAUAUCAUUAGGUCAAACAGUGUUGGUGCUACUAAUAUGGAUUGGGACGACUUUUAAUACACUUUUAAUGAUUUUAAUGAAUCUAACGAUGUUUAUCUUGGAUUCGAUGAAGAGAUUAUUGAUGCCAUCGGGUCAUUAAAACGAGUUUAACCUUAUGAAAGUGACAAUUUCUAAAACAAAUACGUCAUCGAAUCAAAUGCGAUUUCAUCAUCGAAUGUGUGUGAUUUGUACCCGUUUGAUUGUCUUUAUUUGUAAAAAAUGUAUACCCCGGUAGGUGUUUUGAAAAAAACAACACAGCAUAGAUUCAGAUAACCCAACGAAAAGUGGACCUACAAUUGCCAUGCAAUACAAAGUGUUUAUUAUUUGAACUCAGUUUUGUAUUAAAUUAUACGUGAAGUUACCAUUUAAACAAAGAAAUAAAAGGUAAAACUGUAA